AUGAGUUCCGAUGAUGAUAUGACAAACAAUCUUCCUAAUCAUUAUGAAGAUCUUGAAGAGGAAGAUAAGCGCGAAUACAAUCAGAUCCGCAGCAUCAUCCAACAAUCCGGUAGAAAUCACCGUGGAAAAAGAUUAGAAGCUUUUUCGGAACUUCUCGACACUCUGAAGAAUUUUGCUGUUCGUGGAGAUAGUAAUGAUUGGAAGCGCUGCUUAGUAGUUGGUGUAUGCUGGCUUGAAAAUGCAAUUGCAAUUAACACAAGACAGCUCAGACAAUUAACGAACAAAUGCAAAUCAUCGAUUAACGGAUCUUUACAAAGGAUAGGCUAUAUGCCAGUUGCCAAUCAUAGUCUCUUGAAUGAUCUUUUGCAAGAAAAAAUUCCAUUCUUAAAAGGAAACUUUUCGGAAUUAAGACAAUGGACGAUUCGUCAGCAAGUUGCCUUAACACCUAAGCCGGCGAUGCCAGAAGAGAAAACAAAGCUAUCUCCUGCCCCUGUAAAUAUAUUACCGAUACCAACAAAUAUCGAAACUUCUAAUGCCAUGCAGCACUCGCAGAGCUACGAACAGAAUAUUACAGAACCAGAAAACGAGCCAGUAAAUCAGAAUGAUUAUAACUCAUUUUAUGACGAAGAAGCUUGCUUACCGUUGAAUGAUUGGGUCCAAGAUGAUAAUUUCUACGAUUUCGGAUCUAAUUUGUAA